UAAAUAUACUUUGUUUACAAAUUCUUGGCACAAAUUUUCAAUUUUAUGUUUUGUUAUUUUCUUGUCCAUCCACAAUGACAGAAGUUGAAGUUGCUCAAACUCAAGCUACGGCUGGUCAAUCAAAAAAAACGAAAACUAGUAAACCGAAAGUUUCGAAAGACAAAAAGCCAAAAGCUAAACCGAAUCAUCCACCCGUUUCAUCGAUGGUUAAAGAUGCUAUCAAAGAGCUAAAAGAACGAAAUGGUUCAUCACUUCAAGCAAUCAAAAAAUACAUCCAAUCUCAUUACACUGUCGACAUUGAAAAGAUUACACCGUUUGUUCGUAAAUAUUUGAAAUCUGGCGUAACUAAAGGUGAACUGAUUCAGGCAAAAGGUAAAGGCGCAAGUGGCUCGUUUAAAUUAAACAAAGCAGCUAAAAGUGAAUCUGGGGAAAAAAAGCCGAAAAAACUGGCCAAACCUAAAUCACCUAAACCAAAACCAUCAUCAUCAAAGCCGAAAACUGUGAAGGUAGUUAAAUCAAGCAAACCAUCAAGCGAAAAAAAGGAAAAAUCAACAAAAAAAGAAAAAUCAGCUACACCGAAAAAAGCCAAACUAGCCGUAAGUAAACCUAAAUCGGCCGGAAAGAAAGCAAAAAAACCGACAGCAAAAUCAUCGAAAUCACCGAAAAAAGUUGCAUCGAAAAAACCAUCGACGCCUAAAAAGGCUAAAAAAUAAAAAUUUUUCAUUUAUUUCAUAAUUUUUUUUCAUCCAUUAAACGGCUCUUUUCAGAGCCACAUUUGAUUUCGAAAGAGAACAAUUCAAAAUUGUUUUUUCAUUAAAAUUGAAUUUAAUAAAUGUACAUUUUGUAUUCGUGGAA